CAUCGAGAAAUCUCCUUUCUGUCUCUCCAUCUCCAUUGUGUCUCUGGAGGUUUGUGUGUGUGUGUCUCUGCACGGUGGCCUCUCAGACUUUCUGCCUCUCUGUUGUGCUUUCUGAUGUCUCUCUGUCACUCAGGCACUCACAGUGUCUCUGCAGCAUCUUCAUUCUCCAUCUCAGACCCACCCCCUCACCCUACCCCAGGGCCUGUCAGGCCACCAUGCGCCACACUGCCAGCCUCUGGGUCCCUGAGACCCUUUAACCUGUGAGCACGUCCAGGGUCACAGGUGAGGUUCUUGGGAGCCUGGAGUCUGGCCCAACCACAAGCCUGAAGAUUGCUGGCCCUACCCAUGACCCCUGACCCCUGACAUCCUUCCUCUCUUAAAACCCCAAGCCUGACAUUUGACCAGCAACUGAAAUCUGACCUUUGGCCUCAUACCACAAGCCCCUCCCCCAACCCAUGGUGACCUCACAAAGGUCACCAGCUUCUCCCCAGCCCAAGACCUGCUGCUAUGGCCCUGCUGGCUUCAGCGAGUGCUGUCCCAUUCGCCUUGGUGGCCCUCACGGUCUUCAGGGUCCCCGCGUGGGCCUGUCUCCUUUGCUUCACAUCCUACAACGAGCGCCUCCGUGUCUGCCAGACUUUCGCAGGCGUGGAGGGCCCAGAGCUCGAGAAGUGCGAGGAAGCCUUCUCCGCUGCCUUUAAGGGCCUGCUGGACACCGAAAUCAAUUAUGAUGAGAGAAGUCACCUGCAUGACGCCUUCACCCAGAUGACCCACUCCCUCCAGGAGAUGGCCACCGCCCAAGGGUCAUUUGAGGUUGCCUUCCCUGACGCAGCUGAGAAAAUGCGGAACGUCAUUAUACAGCUUAAAGAAGUUAAGGCCUGCAUCCCUCCCUGCGGACUCCAGGAGGUCGCCCGGCGCUUCCGGUGCCGCGGCUGCUACUCCACGGUCUGCGACUUCCCGCUGGACUGCCCAGGUGAGGGGCGGGGCCUGGAAGGGCAGGAACCUGAGAAACUGGAGAGAAGGGAGCCGAGCGGGGGGAAGAGGCGUGGGCUGGGGCGGGGCCGAAGUGGUGACGCGGCCCGGUCUCCAGUUCAGGACUUGACAGUGAGUCGGGGUGAUCAGGCUAUGUUCUCUUGCACGGUGAACUUCCAGCUGCCUAAAGAGGAGAUCACUUAUUCCUGGAAGUUCGCAGGAGGAGGUCUCCGGACUCAGGACCUGUCCUACUUCCGAGAGAUGCCGCGGGCCCAAGGGUACCUGGCGCGGAUCCGGCCCGUGCAGCCGACUCACGGCGGGACCUUCUCCUGCGUGAUCACGCACGACCAGCGCCCCCUGGCGCGACUCUACUUCUUUCUUAACGUGACCGGUCCGCCGCCGCGCGGGGAGACUGAGCUGCAGAUCACCUUUCGGGAAGUGCUGCACUGGGCGCCGCGGGAGGCGGAGAUGAUCGAACCUUGGAGGCCGAGCCUGGGUGAGCUGCUGGCUAGGCCUGAGGCUCUGACGCCGAGCAACCAGUGCCUGCUCGCGGCGAUUGCGGCCUUAGCAUCAGCCAGUGUGACUUUGCUGGCUUGGAUGUUCUUUCGAUGGUACUACAGUGGCAACUAACAAAGGUAUCUUUCUCUUCUUUAUCCUAUUUCCAUCCCUAAAAUAAAGAAUAUAUUUCAGCUCUACAAAUUCUUUCGUCUUUGAAGACAGUUACUACUAAUUUAGGUAGGAGGAGCGGCAGCAUACCCCAAAUAUGCCUAGGGGACUGCGCCUCCAUAAUGACAGUAAUAUAAUGGCUGUCAUAGUGCAGGCCCUGUGUAGAAGGCUUUAGGUGCAAGCCUAAACCCCUCCCCAGAUUUCUGGCAGCCUCCUUGACAUUUUCAACUGCAGAAGCCACCUUCGAAUAGAGCCCUUGAUGUUGCCCUGAAAUCUGGUUCCUCCCCAAGGCUUUCCUGACAUCAUAAAGGGCACCACCAUCCACCCGGCUGCUCAACCAGAAAUCUAAGGGUAGUGUUUACUCCUCUACUUCCAGUCUCUUUCCAAGUCUCAACCUUUUCAACUCCCAAAUAUCUCAUAAAGUUCCCCUCUGUGGUCUCAGUCACCUGCCUGCAUCACUGCUGCACCCACUGGCUUCCCUGCUUCUGCUCAGCCUGCCUCACUGCAGUCCAUUCUCCACAUAGCAGCCAGAGUAAUGUUUUAAAGUAUAUCAGAUCUGCUCACUUCUCUGCUCAAAACCCUUCAGUGGCUCCCCAUUGCCACUGGAACAAAUCUAAUUUGUUGUCAAGGCCUCCAAGCCCCGCAGCUUCUGGCCCUUGCUGGCCUGGCUAGCCUUAUCCCCUAUCACUCACUCUUCCACCUUGAUCUUUCCGCCCUGCAGUUUGUCUGGCCUUUGCUCAUUCCCUGUAUUCAUCAUGCUUCUUCUCCAGGACCUGGAUACAUGCUGUUUCUUGCCUAGAAUAAUGUUUUCUCCUUUGUCCAGUUAACUCAGUUAUGAUUUCCCCUGAACAGCCUGUGCGUGUAUUAACCCAUUUAAUCCCCAUGACAAUUCUGUAUGACCAGCACUGUUUUUAUUUGCAUGACUCCACCUCUCUCUUGUCCCCCUCUUUACCCUCUCAUCCCACUGGCCUUUUUUUUGUCCCGUGAACAUGCAAAGCUUAGUCCCAUCUCCAGGCCUUUGCUCGUGUUGUUCUUUGUAUACUUUAAAUGACUGUACUCUGAACCUCACAAAGCCACUUCCCUCUUACUGCAUGGAUCCCAGAUGUCACUUUCUCUGACUACUCCCCCUCGCCCUGUGACUGACAUCUCUGUAUUUUAGCUCAUGCAUAGCACUCACCUGGACCUAAUGUAAAUUUUUUUAUUUGGUUUUGUGACUUCCCCACCUAAAAGAUAAGCUCCUUCUGGACAUAUACUCAUUCACUGAUGUAUUCAUUCAUUCAGUGAAUAUUUACUGAGUGAUUGCUAUGUGCCAGGCAUUUUCAAGUCACUGUAGAGACAUCAAUGAAGAAAUCAGAACAAACAAAAAUCUGCAUCCUCGUGAAGUUUAGGUUCUAGUAGACAGUCAGACAAUA